ACCUAGAAUUUAAUAUUAGCAAAUAACAAAGGUAAAUUAGAAUUUUGAUGCAUCAAAAUUUGAUCCUUAAAACUUGCUCCCAUCAAAACCAUGAAUCAAGAAAUCAAGAAAAUGAAGGCAAAACGGGCAAUGAACCUUGGUCACAAACCCCGCUCGGCGAAUUUGAAAGCGAAGCCGAGGCAGCUGAAGAGAAUGGAGACUAAAGAACAAGCUUCACAAAAGGUGUCCAGUCGGAAUUCUGGGCCCUUCCUCUGCGAUAUCAGGAACUUGCAGAGCUCCUCAAACGCAUUGGCGAUAGACGAAAGAAAACGUCGUCCUCAUUUGAGCAUCCUGAAAUAAAGAUUGUUCCUCGUCCAAAGAAACUCAGAAAUUGAAGAGGGAGAAGAGAAAUGAGAGUUUUCGUGUUGAACCACAAUGUGUGGAUUGAAUAAUGCAAAGUUGUUACUAGAAACGCGCUCUGCCUAAAGAUCCGUAGCCUGGAAAAAUCCUCUCUUUUUCUAUGAUUCCCACACAACAGAGGAAUUUUGGUCUGUCUUAAUUCUAGUUAGUAUAUAUUGUAAAUAAAAUACUAUUUUAUUA